AUGAUUUCUGUCGAUUGGUCUGAAAUAUCUACUGAUGCAGAGAGAAAAAAAGAAGAAUAUUUACCUGUUUUACGUGUUGAGUUUGGUGAUACAGGUGCGGGUCAAGCACAACAGUAUGGUCGUUAUCAAGUUGGAAAAUUAUUAUGCGAAGGGGAUUUAUUAUACGACAAUGUCAUUACAUUUCGAAAAGCGGAUGCUAUUAUAUCGGUACCGAAAUUCGAGGCUAAAAUCGCUGGUGACAUACGUUUUCAAUUUAAAACGGGAUUCGAUUCAUCAACGUUUGGCUCAGCUAUUAUGGUACAAAAUGUGGAUUACGAAGAUGGCGAUCUAAUUGAAAUUCGUCUUCAAGCACCACGUGAAAUUGCGUUUCGUUACAGUGUUGGUAGAGGAACGAAUAUUGUUACAAUACGAUCACCCUAUGAUUUUAAUGAUAAUGAAUGGCAUACGGUCCAAAUCGAGAUAAAUCGUCAGGAAGCAAGAAUGACGGUUGACGACUUAUCAGCUUCAAAUCCAGAAGAUCAAACAACAUUUCGACAUAUACGUUUAACGUCAAAUUUAACCAUUGGUGCAUCGGUGACCAAUCGGAAUGGUUUUGUAGGUUGUAUACGAGCAUUUCAAGUCAAUGGCGAAAUGAUAGAUCUAAAAUAUUUAGCCAUGCGUGGUUUAUAUGGUAUUAGUCCUGGAUGUGUCGGAAAAUGCCAGAGUAAUCCGUGUUUGAACGGAGGCCGGUGUAAUGAAAGAUGGUCAACAUAUGACUGUGAUUGUACGUUUACUCCAUUUCGAGGCCCAAUAUGUUCAACAGAAAUUGGUACACGUUUAGAAGCGAAUACCAUGAUAAAAUAUAUAUUUCCAACAGAAGGUGUUACAGCAACCGAAGAAGAGACAAUUCGUGUUUUAUUUUCAACGUAUAAAAAACAAGGUAUAUUAAUGCAACUUCAAUCAGAUAAAAUCGAUGAAAAAGGUAUGAUUGAUUAUUUCACAAUGGAAAUGAAUAACAACGGCGGUGUACGUGUUAAAUUCAAUUACGGUUUUGAUACAUUUGAAUAUAAUGUACCAUACGAUUUAACAAAUGGACAAGAUCACGAAAUUAUUGUAACAAGACGAGAAUAUGGAAAACGCUUAAUUGUAGCGGUCGACAAUUAUGAACCAUUUGAGACGGUAUUUCCACAAACUCAACAAAUUGAUAUGCAAUUUGAUAGCCCACGACGAAUAUAUAUUGGACGAAAUGAAACAACACCUCCCGAACAAGGUUUCAGUGGAUGUAUAGCACGUUUACAAUUCAACAGGAUAUUCCCACUGAAAUAUGCAUUUCUAGAAGAAAGAGAUCCAAAUAUAACAUGGACAGGCUCAAAUAUACGAGAAUGGUCAUGUGGCACAGAACCCGUCAAGUACCCUCCAGAACCAGUGGAAAUUCCUCCUGAUCGUAAUUUUACUAUAAUCGACAUACCUCGACUGUCAAUACACCAAAGUAUUUAUCAGCGAAAUUUAACCAUUAUUGGAAGUAUGGCUACUGUCCUUUUCGUGUUCAUAAUAGCUGGUAUAUUGUUUUGUUAUCAAAAAUAUUCUAAAAGUGGAGAAUAUAAAACGAAAGAAGAUUUGGGCGCUGAUCAAGCUAUUGACGCUGAUACAGCCAUUAUUAAAGGUGAUUCAAGACAUCCUGCAUUGACAGAAAAUAAAGGAUGGUUAAACUAA